AUGACAGCGUUUUACUGGUACAGGCAAAGUGCUGGAGAUUCUCUGAAAUUAAUACGGAUGCCGCAGAAAACAUCCCAGUAUGAACCUGAACCACCUACCUCACGAUUCAGUGCAACAUACACUGAGAACAGUAGUAAUCUUACAAUUUUCACAACAGUUCAAGAGGAUGAAGGAAUGUAUCACUGUGCUCACAGGGACUGGCAGGAAAUUAUCUGGAGUGGGACUUAUUUGUCAAUAAAAGGAAACUCUGAGAGGGAAUCAAGCUACACAGUUGUUCAGCGGCCAACAUUGCCUCAUCCAUCCCAUAAAGCAGACUCAGACACUCUGCAGUGUUCACUCCUCUCUGACUCUGAGAUCCCAACCUGUUCAGCAGAGCCCAGUGUGUUCUGGUUCAGAGCAAGCUCAGUAAAGUCUUUCCCUGAUAUUAUCUACACGGAUGGAAACGGAUUUGAAAACUGUGAGAAGACAUCUGACUCUCAGAAGAGAUGUGUUUACAAUUUCUCUAAGAACGUCAGCUCCUAUGAUGCUGGGACGUAUUACUGUGCUGUGGCCACAUGUGGACGGAUACUCUUUGGAAAUGGAGCUGAUCUUCAAAUGGAUGAAGCAUUUGAAAUCAAGAUGCUGGUGGUUACAGUUAUCUGCCUGAUAAUUUCUGUGAUUAUUAAUAUAAUUUUCAUCUGUUGCCAAACACAAAGAUGUGCAUAUCAACAAUAUAAAGGUAUGACUUAA